AUGGAAGAUACCUACCUCCUCCUGGGUGGUACGGGACUCGGCGACAAUCGAGCCCCGGACUGCUCCGGGGCUGGACAACGAUACGAAGAAUGGCAUGGCGAGCUGAUCCCCGCAAACGAAGGGAGUCCCGGGCUCUUCGUACAAGGACAUGCAACACGAGGUCGGGAUACAGGUUACAGACAGAAGCCAGGAUUGCAGGAUGCUACCUCCCUCCGACAAGAGGCACGGGCCGGGUGCGCAACCGCGACCCGUACCGCUCCCGGAAGACAGCACCGUGAGCACAAAAGAAGGCGGAAGGAUUGGAGCUCCGGGAGCGAAAGCGACCUUGACAAGACAAUUGGAGAGACUUCCGGAACCAUGGGUGUAUACACAGGACCCAGCGCUGGGGAUGACUCGCGUCGACAAACGGACGGGAGCGAAGACAAGGAAGAGAAGGGGAUAUACACAGAACCCUACAAUGAAGAGAAGAGCAUCAAGACAAUUGGAGAGACCUCCGGGACCACGGGUGAAUACAUAGGACCCAGCACCGGGGAUGACUCGCGUCGACAAACGGGCGGGAGUGAAGACAAGGAAGAGAAGGGCAUGUAUGCAAAACCCUCAAAAGAAGAAAGUUCGUGUCGACAAACUGAACCGAACACCCGCGACGCUAGUGCGUCGCCUGACGGAGAUUCUCAGACACCUCGGGGUGCUGCCUCCGUCCUGUCCCGGACCCUGCCUCGGGUCCGGGGCCAAUUGACCAAUCUUCCCGGAAGAGACGAGUGA